UGGCCGCCCGGUUAAAGCGGCCGCGGGCGGCGGGAGCGGCACAAUCACGGCUGGGGCGGCGAGCGGGGCCCGCCCGCUGCCCGCGGCCCCCGCUCCCGGCGCUGCGCCCCGGCCCGCACAGCCCCGCCAGCAUGGCCGGGGCCAUCAUCGAGAACAUGAGCACCCGCAAGCUCUGCAUCGUCGGGGGCAUCCUGCUCGUGUUCCAAGUCAUCGCCUUCCUGGUGGGAGGGCUCAUCGCUCCCAGCCCCACGACAGCCGUUCCCUACACGUCAGUGAAGUGCAUUGACGUGAGGAAGAACCACCACAAAACCAAGUGGCUGAUGCCCUGGGGACCCAACCACUGCAAGAAGCUGAAGGACUUUGACGAGGCCGUGAGCCAGCAGAUCGAGGCCAACGACAUCGUGUUCGCCGUUCACAUCCCGCUGCCCAGCAAGGAGAUGAGCCCCUGGUUCCAGUUCAUGCUCUUCAUCAUGCAGCUGGACAUCGCCUUCAAGAUGGACAACGACCUCAAGGAGAAUGCAGAGAUCACCCUGGAUUUGUCGCUGGCCUAUCGUGACGACAUGUUUGAUGACUGGGAGGAAAUAGCACAUGCCAUAGAGAUCAGGAAGCUGAAGUGCACCUUUGGCUCUCCAAAAACGGUGGAGUCCGAGGGCCGUCACUACGACUGUGACUUCCUGCCCUUCAUGGAGAUCGGCAGCGUGGCACACAAGUACUACCUCAUCAACAUCCGCCUGCCCGUCAACGACAGGAAGGGCAUCAACGUGGGCAUCGGCGAGAUCAAGGACAUCCGCCUCGUGGGCAUCCAUCAAAACGGAGGCUUCACCAAGGUGUGGUUUGCCAUGAAGACCUUCCUGACUCCCAGCAUUCUGAUCAUCAUGGUGUGGUACUGGAGGAGGAUCACGCUGAUGACACGCGCUCCCGUCCUGCUGGAGAAGGUCAUCUUUGCUCUGGGAAUUUCCAUGACGUUCAUUAACAUCCCUGUGGAGUGGUUUUCCAUCGGAUUUGACUGGACUUGGAUGCUGCUCUUCGGAGACAUCCGGCAGGGCAUCUUCUAUGCCAUGCUGCUCUCCUUUUGGAUCAUCUUCUGCGGGGAGCACAUGAUGGACCAGAACGAGCGGAAUCGGCUCUCGGGGUACUGGAAGCAGGUUGGACCCAUCGCCGUGGGCUCCUUCUGCCUCUUCAUCUUCGACAUGUGCGAGAGGGGAGUGCAGCUCAAGAACCCCUUCUACAGCAUCUGGACCACCGAGGUGGGCACGGAGCUGGCUAUGGCCUUUAUUAUAGUAGCAGGGAUCUGCCUGUGCCUCUAUUUUCUCUUCCUGUGCUUCAUGGUCUUCCAAGUGUUCAGAAACAUCAGUGGGAAGCAGUCGAGCCUCCCUGCCAUGAGCAAGGCUCGCCGCCUUCACUACGAGGGGCUGAUUUUUAGGUUCAAGUUCCUGAUGCUCAUCACCCUGGCCUGUGCAGCCAUGACCGUCAUCUUCUUCAUCGUGAGCCAGGUGACAGAAGGCCACUGGAAGUGGGGGGAAGUCACAAUCCAGGUCAACAGUGCCUUCUUCACCGGCAUCUACGGGAUGUGGAAUCUCUACGUGUUCGCCCUCAUGUUCCUGUACGCGCCAUCCCACAAGAACUACGGUGAAGACCAGUCCAAUGGUGACCUGGGGGUGAACAGCGGGGAGGAGCUGCAGCUCACCACCACCAUCACCCACGUGGAUGGGCCCACAGAGGUCUACAAGCUGGCUCGGAAGGAGGCUCAGGAGUGACACAGAGGUGCCUCAGCAGGGACCAGCCUGGGGUGGGGAGCAGAGGACACACGAGUCCCUCUGGCUGGAGAGCUCUCCGGCCGCAUCCGCUCCUCCAGCACCCCGUCCCUGGUGCGUUCACAGAGCAGCGACAGCGAGCAGAACAUUUGUAACUCUUUACUAUGGUGUAGUUAUUCCUGGGGGGAGGGCUGUGUAUAUUGUGUUACACUCGGGCACGUAAAACCCUGCUGGAAGGGCACUGAGGUUGCAAAGUCGCACGUCGGGAUGUGGGGCCGUGGUUUGAUUUUGCUGGGUGUGCUGGUGCAUAAAGGUGCUGCAGGCAGCUCAGGCAGGAGCACGUGCUCAGUACUCUGGGUUUGCUCCUGUGUGCAACUUACACAAGGUGUUGGUUGCAGGAGGGAGCCUUGUAAAAACAUUUAAUUCCACCACUGUAGCUGUACUGACCCUUGUCUGAGUGUUUGGUGCGGCCCUGCAGCCGCUGCCGCUGGAUGAAGCGCAGCUGGGAGAGGAGUAGGCUGUUAGUAAAGCUUUAGUAGAAGCAGUGACUGCUUUCUCAGCAGGUUUUGCAGCUGUUUGCUGAAUACAGGGAAUGUCCAGCCUGGAUGCUGAGCUGAGUUGCAGGAGAACAGAGCGCUCCUGACCCGAGUUCCCAGCUGGCUGAUCCCACAGCCAGCUCCUCCCUGUUCUCAGUCCCUUUGGCUUCCCGUGCUCUCAUGGCUUCCUCCACCUUCCCCUUUUGUUACAGCGCAUCCCUGGGAGCUGGGCAGUCUCGCUGUGUGCACUGCCAGGCUGGAGCAGAGCUGGAUUCUUCCAGGGAUUAUCAGACUUGAAAGGAUCCGCUGGUCACGCACUAAUGUGGAUCUGUGCUUUCCCAGAGCAGAUGCAGGCGCUGGGCUCGCUCAGCCCCGCGCGGAGAGGCCUUGGGCAAAGAGAGGGGAGUGGGAACUGACCCGGGGUGGAGGCUUGAGCUGAGCCCUACUGGGACCAGUUCACAGAAGUGAAUGGUGGGGAAGGGCCUGCACUGCUCUGGGCACAGCUUCCAUCACCUGGAGUGUCCAGGGAGCCUCAUGAGCUGGCAGGAGUAAAUGUCUGUGUUAACUGCUGGCACAUAUAACUCACCCUCCCAGUUCUGGCCCUGCAAGGUAAGAAUCUGCUGCUGCUGUGUGUUGCUGAAGGGUUAGAGAGGAGGCAGAGAGGGGAAACUCAUUCCUGUCAGCCCAGGUACCAUCACAAUUCCCAUCCCAGAAUUUAUUCAUUUACCCUCAUCUAUUUAUUAAAGCUCAACACUAUGAAUUAAGGGAGGGUGGCACCACAAGGUCACCUUGCAUGGGUUUGAUUGCUGGACACCCCAAGUUGUGCACCAUCACAUGGGGCUCCUCCAGUCAGGAUGUGCCACACCAGGCAGACCCCUCUGCCAAAGGCCUGCUCCCCCUGUAUUAACUGGAGCUCCUAUUGGAUUUUUCUUAAAGCAAUUCCAUUUGUUGUGUUUGCCCUCCCUGGGAUCCCCAGCUUCCCCUGCCCCUGGAGGCAAAGCAGGUCCAAGCAGUGUUCCUACUUGUAGUAGUUACUCCAUUACAAAGUUAAUUAAAUCAACGCACAUCCCUGUAACCCUGGAACGUUCCCAGCUGAACACUCGACUUUGCAACUUUACCAUCCCUUUUCCCUUGGGUUCUUACGUGAUAUUUAUGUUGUCCCCAUAGCUGUGUCCGUGGGUUCUUUUCCAGCUUAGACUUUAGCAUUGCGUUUUGUAAAGGCUCCCCACGAACGGGGAGCUGCAGCUUUCAAACCAAAUUUUGUGUCAAACACUAACAAUUUGUUUACGGGGCGCGUGUAUGUGUGCGUGCGUGUGUGGGUUUUUUAUUUCUUCCUUCCUCAGCCCUACUCAUAUGUCUCGGAAAUAGUCCCUGGGUCUUAUUAAAAUAUAUCCUUUUGUUUUUUGUUUAGGUUGAGUUCAGUUUUUACAGAAUGCUUUCAGCAACCUGGAAAACACGUAGUUUUGUUAAUUUAAAUAAAAUAUACAAUAUUGUGGA